UUCUGCGCGGUGCUGUGCUGGAAAAUGGCUGUAUAGGGAGCUGAGAGUUAUGUGCAGCAAAAGAAAGAAAGGGAGAAAGAAAGAAACCGGACCAGAAGUGAUCAAAGGAGGUGGACGACUUUAAAGCAUUGAGGAAAAGAACAGGUGAAAGAUAAGGAAGCUCACUGUCUGCAUUUCAAUGUGUUAAAGUGCCACCACAGCGAGAUAUUUGGAAGAGGAAUCUGCGUCUACGGGUUGUCACUGUCCAGAACGUGAGGAGCCUGAAACUAUCAAGGACUAUUAGACUGUCCAAAUCUGACCCCAUCCACCCCAACAGACAACACAGGUAGACUGAAGAGACCAACGCAGGGCCUCAGUUAGGUUUAGCGCCUGUCCAGCUAGUUUUUGCCACUUGAAGGAGUAUGUUGCCAACGCUGUCCCUCUGUUCCAUCAUUUGGUUAAACCGGGGUAUCAAGCUGAGGAAAGUGCUCCACUGCGCCAACACCGGCCUGCUCUGAGGCAGCAGCACCCUACCUACCUUCCUCCAUAGACUCUGCCAUUUUAGCAAUGCUUCUUAGCUUCGGUUGAUAGUUCUAAACGGCCACUACUCAUCCCCCUCUACUGCCUGUCCAUUUCUGGGUUGCCGUAGCAUUGGGCCGACUUUCGCAUCCUCUGUGUCUUCGGCAGCUUUUCUCGCUUUCUCAAAAUGGCGGUCGAGGGUUUCCAGUACCGUGCCCUCUACGUCUACACCAAGGACUUGGAGGAAGAUGUUGACCUGCAGCCCGGGGACAUUCUGACCGUCAGCAAGGCCUCCCUGCUCUCCCUGAACUUCCAGGAGGGGGACGAGGAGCGUCCCGAGCUCCUAGGCUGGCUGCUGGGCUUCAACGAGCGCACCAAACAGAGGGGGGACUUCCCGGGGACAUACGUUCAGUUUGUGGCCCACGUGAGGAUGUCACCGCCAUCCAGUCAGCCUCGCUCCCAAAGAAUCCUCCCAGCAGCCCCGGGGCCCGAGCUGCCACUGUCACAGCAAGCUGUUUCUCUUCUGGAUUUGACCGAGCAGUUCACGCCGCCAGAAACUGCUCCCCCUACCCUGGUGAACCUAGUGGAGGCCAUUGAGAAGAAAGGUCUGGACUGUAAGACACUGUACAGGACACCUCUCGCAUCCGCCUCAGAUGGCCCAACACAGAGACUGAGUGGGGAGGUGGGGCCGGGUAGUGACGUGGGCGCCCUGUCGGAGUGUUUGCUCCGCUACCUGCGGGAACUACCAUCCCCCGUCAUCCCCCCCAUUGUUUACCCAGACCUGCAGGCUGCGCUGCAGCAGGGCGCCGCAGACUGGUCCAAGGCUGUGGCGACGAGCAGCAGUGUAGGCAGGGAUCUGAGCCUGGUCCUGGAGAGGGCCACCAACAUACCCCUGCACCACAGCCUCACCCUGCAAUACCUGCUCACACACCUGGGCAAGGUGGGCCAGAGCUCCCAGCUCAACGGCCUGGACCCUCACGCCCUGGGCCUGGUCUUUGGGCCGCUGCUGAUCCGGCCCAGCUCUGCCACUGGGUGGGAGGUGGGGGAGGAGUUCCCUGCACUGGCACUGGAGAGGCUGCUGAUGGAGAUGGCCAUGGGACAGGAAGUCCUGCACCCAGCUCUGCCAGCCAUGCCAGUAAAGGUCAAAACUACAACUCCAGCCAUGACUGAGACCAACAUACUGACUGAUUCUGAGUGGUACUGGGGGGAAAUCUCCAGGGAGGAGGUGAACGAGAAGAUGAGAGACACCCCUGACGGGACGUUCAUGGUCCGCGACGCCUCCAGCAAACUGGAGGGAGAGUACACACUGACCCUCAGGAAAGGUGGAAACAACAAGCUGAUCAAGGUGUGCCACCGGGGAGGUCGCUAUGGAUUCUCGGAGCCUCUCACCUUCGUCACGGUGGUGGAGCUCAUCAACCACUACCGCCAUGAGUCCCUGGCCCAGUACAACGCCAAGCUUGACACCCGGCUACUCUACCCUGUCUCCAAAUACCAGCAGGAGCAGCUUGUGAAAGAGGACAGCACUGAGGCGGUGGGCGAGCAGCUGAAGGUGUACCACGAGCAGUACCAGGAGAAGAGCUGGGAGUACGAUGUGCUCUACGAGGAGUACACCCGUACCUCACAGGAGCUCCAGAUGAAGCGCACGGCCAUCGAGGCCUUCAACGAGACCAUCAAGAUCUUCGAGGAGCAGUGCGAGACUCAGGAGCGCUACAGCAAAGAGACCAUUGAGAAGUUCCGACGUGAAGGCAACGACAAGGAGAUCCAGAAGAUCCAGAGCAACUCGGAGCGUCUGAAGUCUCGGGUGACGGAGAUCCACGACAGCAAGAGAAAGCUGGAGCUGGACCUGAAGCAGCAGGCCACCGACAACAGAGAGAUCGACAAGAGGAUGAACAGCCUGAAGCCAGACCUCAUGCAGCUAAGGAAGAUCAGGGACCAGUACCUGAUGUGGUUGACACAGAAGGGGACGAGGCAGAAGAAGAUUAAUGAAUGGCUGGGUAUAAAGAACGAGGCAGAAGACUCCUACUGGUUGGUGGAGUACGAGGGCUCGCCCCACCACGACGAGGGCACCUGGUAUAUGGGCGACAUCAAGCGCACCCAGGCAGAGGAGCUGCUGAAGGACAAGUGUGACGGCACCUUCCUCAUCCGAGAGAGCCAGACGCAGAAGGGCUCCUACGCCUGCUCUGUAGUUGUGGACGGCGACCCUAAGCACUGCGUCAUCUACAAGACAGACAAAGGCUACGGCUUCGCCGAGCCUUACAACCUGUACAGUUCCCUGAAGGACCUGGUGCUCCACUACAAGCACGAGUCCCUGGUCCAACACAAUGACCAGCUGAAUGUAACCCUGGCCUAUCCGGUCCUCACCCAGACCCAGCAGCAGAACCCCAGAUGAGGGGCAGCAUGGCAUGACAACCCCCAACGGAGACCAGCGCUUCUAAAGCAUGGCAAAACAAGCACACUACGUACUACAGUACCAGCCACAGUACACAUGAGACAAAAAACAUAUACGUGUUCGUAGACGAAAAACAACAUAAGCACACAGUUAUGAUAUAAGCUUUCAGGCCAUAGUUAGAUGAGCAAGAGGGAGUGAUAGAGGAAAGGAGAGAGUCGGGAAGCUGGAGGGUAAAGAUACUGGAUGUAGAAUAUACUUUUUGGGGGAAGGGAAGUUGACGCCGGCUUUCAGAUGCAUGGUGCUGGAAAGGAGGGGUGGGGUGGAGGGUCAAACUGUUAGAUUCUAUAAAAAGCUUGUUAAGUGCCAUAGAGAGAGCCUUGAUUGACCAUAAGUCUGUGUUGGGAAAGAAGGGGACUUUAGAAAUAUAUAUAUAUAUAUACACACACAGUACCAGUCAAAGGUUUGGACACACCUAC